AUGGCCAACUCCACUAGUUCUAAGCCCGUCGUCUUUAUCGGCGCUGCCGGCGAGAUGUGUCGAGUGGCAGUGGAACGCUUUGCCAAAGCCAGCAAUGCACAGCUUAUCCUUGCGGAUCUAAACACCGCCGUCAUUGAAUCUCUUGCCGCCAAAUUCCCAGCUGGCCGAACAACUAUUCAAAAGCUUGACCUUUUCGACAGAACUGCCCUGGUGAACCUAAUCAGUGGUGCCGGGCUGGUUGUUCUAGGUGCAGGACCUUAUUCUAAGACCUCACAUCCAGUCGUCAAGGCCUGCAUUGAGGCCAAAGUUCCCUAUCUUGAUUUUGAUGAUGAUGUCGAAAGCACUCAAAGCACCUUCGCCCUCACUGAAGAAGCCAAAAAGGCCGGCAUACCCCUCUAUAUUGGUUGCGGUGCGUCACCUGGCCUGAGUAACGUUAUGGCCGUCGACGCCACUAGUGAACUCGACCGAGUCGACAGCAUCGAUAUUUGCUGGCUUGUCGGUGACGAAGCGAGCGUUGGGAAAGCCGUGCUUCAGCACUUGAUGCAUAUUGCUGCCGGGCCUUGCUUAACAUGGGUGGAUUCGAAGCCAACUGUGAACGAGUCUUGGGUCGGAACCACAUAUGCACCAAUGUAUGCUGGAGAUGGAGAGAGACUCCUACACGAAACUGCUCAUCCGGAGCCUGUGACGCUGCCGCGUCUUUUUCCAAAUGCCACUCGCAUUCAAUGUUUCGGCUCGCUAGAUCCCAAGCCACUCAAUGGCAUCGCUCGAGGUCUUGGGUCUGCUGUCCGCGCCAAUGCUUUGACAAUGGACGAUGCAGUUGAAUUUCUUUAUACUUUGGCAAAUAAACCGCCGCUAGAUGGUGGCUUGAGUGGACUAACAGGAGCGUUCGAAGCAUUCAAGGGGCAACUUCGUGGUGGCGACAUCACUCUCAAGGAGCUUUUCUACUUGGUCAGCCACUCUGUUGGCCCUCUGCGAUACGCUCUAUGGGGGAUGUUGGAGCAAAUCUGGAAUGGUGAAUGCACCACAGCCGAGGUUGUUACUUACAUCCUGAACGCAUUGACUGGAACGAAAAUCGAAAACCGAGGAAACAUACUUGUGAGAGCAGUUGGUAUGCGCGAUGGGAUUCCGACGGUGAUCACGAAACGCAAUGCAAAGAACGGCAAUGCAUCCUAUUUCUGGCAAAGUAUGGGCACAGUUACUGGAACUUCAACUGCUGCGUUUAUGGUCAUGGCACUCGAGGAUGGACACAAGCGCAGUGGCGUUUUCUCUCCGGAGGACUGGGCUCAACCCGAGGUGUUUUACAAGGCCUUGGAGCGUGUUGGGGUCCCUAAGGAAGAGAUUAUCGAGUCAAUCUAA